CUAUGCUCGAUGGCGGUCUAUGUGACUAUUCGGGCUACACUCAUUUUUAACGUAAUAAGAACUGUGACGCUUAAGGUUCCCUGAACUGUAGGUGAAGUUGCCAGUGUAAAAACAAGAACAGCGAUACAUAACUGUUGAACCUUCUGACAAUCAACAUAUACCCAAGCUUCAUAGAGUCGUGUUAAGUUGAGAAGUAUCUUUAUCAUAGUACAUCUAGUCAACUUCAUUCUUUGGGAAUCUAGACGAAGCAAGUGAUGAGUUGCCAUCUGAUUUUGCAUGACGUACCUGAAAAUACGGAGUUUGGUAUUGAUAUGAAAUUUUGGAAGGUUGGGAAACAUUUCAAAGGUAUCAAGGACAUACCUUUAGGAGUCCACUCUGUCUACUACAGCGCCGUAAAUUCAGAUUGUAUGUCUGGUCAACGUGUUGGAUUUAUAGCGAAUUUCAGUCAACCCGGUUUUGUUGUUAAAAGAUGGAGAAGAGAGGAAGAGGAUUUCAUUGAUAUUGAUUUAACUAAUGAUGAAAUAGAGCGUUUAUCUUCUAAUUUUGCCGAAGUCUCCAUGUAUUUAGGACAGUAUCCCAUGGAGUCGUACAGGGAUUGGAUUUCAUUAUCUAAUUUUAUAACGGCACGUACAUUAAGUCGUCUUGCCCCACAUUGCGGCCGUCUGUAUUCCUGUCCACACUUUUUGUCUGUGCCUUCCAAUACAGAGGAUCGUCUAGCGAUUAAGAACGCCAGUAAAGUUGAUUGCUCAAAAAGUAAAAACACAGAGGAUCUACCAAAUUUGAAAGUCAUUCCUGGGACUGAAGUACGUUUUACUGCACUUCCGCGAAAACCUCUCUAUCCACCCACUUCUUCUCCAGUCGAAAUCACCUCACAUUGUAUGGAUCAAAGUUAUACUCUCCAUGUUGUUUUAGAUCUAAUUACGUCUAACUUAACUUCACAGAAUACUACUGAUGCAGCCGAAAAUCCUGAGUCUACACGUGAACUGCUUGCUGAGUUUCAAUUUGCUUUCCUCAAUUUACUACUAAAUCAUUCAAUAGAAGGCUGGGAACAAUGGCGUCGAAUACUUCAGUUACUUGCUAAUUGUGAAAAAGCAAUUAUUGACUAUCCACAAUUGUUUAUAGAUUUCAUUACUGUUCUUUACCACCAAUUAAAUAAUGCUAAUAAAUCAGAAGAAGUGGAAAGUAGUCAUUCGACCGCUGAAUUACUGGAUCUUUUCUUUACCGAUUCAUCUACUUCAAGCACGAAUAAGUUAACUGAACCGGGUUUUCUCCCGACUAUGCUUGGACGCCUUUUGAAAAAUAUCGGUUCAGUUUGUAAUUAUGAUGUUGGAAUGUUUUCAAAUGAUACAAGCAAUAAACUGAAAGACCUCCUUAAGCGUGCUGAUGGUUUCGCUAGUAGUAUAAAACAACGAUUCAAGUGGGAUCUGAUCAGUUCAUUUUGUUCACCUGAAAAGCAUGUUGCAGACACGACUGAAAUACCUGUUGAUGAAUUUGACUGGGAUGGAGAUGAAGCACCAGUUAUUGUACAGCUUUAAACUAAUCUGAAAUAAAAAUCUUUCUCUGUACCUUUUUCAAACUUUUAUUCACUAAAACUAAGAUUUCAAAACAUUUUAGUCAUCACAAGGCUUCAUAUAUGGUACUGAAUAUUGGGGUAGUUUUCCG